AUGAAGAGAUUUUUAGUUUUACUUCUCAUCGCAAAUUCCAUUGCAAACCAUGGAUCCAAUGGRUGGUCAUUCUGGCCGUUUUCUAGCGAGAAAACGUCUUCCACAAGUCAAGAAACRGGAGGUCAUUUGAUCAAGAGUCCUGUGCCAUUUGAAAUGACAGAUGCGGAAGAGACGUUCCUAGCUGAGGCGCAAAAGUACAUGGGUAAAAUGAAACCUUUAGACUCGUGCCAUCAAAUAGUUAUAAACAGAAUCAAGAAAUCGUGUAGCGCCAUCAAUGAAGAAGAGCUGGCCAAGCUGGGCGUACAACUGCUGAACUGUCAGUCACUAGCAGAACACCGCAAAACAUAUGAGUGCACGGACCAGAUGAGCAURGCUGAGUGCACAUCAAACAUGGAUUCUGAGACAUGGAACAGUUAUCACAUUAUAAGCAACAGGGCGAGGUCAGUAUGUUAUGCAACCAGGCAACAACAAUUUAGACUCAAGACAGAAUACGCUGUCAAUCAAUUGGGGAAACAAGCAGAAGAUCAGCUMAAUUUGAUGGAUUCUUUAAAGAAAGAGAGAAGUGAUUUGGGAAGCCCGGCUAGCUUUGACAAGAUCACCGCUGGACAAAAGGUCAUCGUCUCACAACAACGAAGGAUCCACCUUACACAAGUAUCCAAUCAACGAACCAUUGAAAACCACGUAAAUAAAAACAUCCAAACACUGUCACGUGAGAACAGUUUGAUUGACAGGAACCACGCCCAGUUGACGUCAAUGACACACAGCAUCAACAACAAACUUGAAACUGCGACAAACCUUCUAAAAAAACAGGAAAAAAACCUGAAAGACAGCCAUGUUGAUAUCCUUCACGAUUUGAACGACAUCCGAGUCAAAGCACAAGACGUCUGGAGUAAACUCAAUGACAGCGCAAGUCACAUGCUGCAAAAUCGGAAAGAAUCCGCUGACCAUUACAAAGAUACCAUAGAAAACUUGAUGCGAAUCAACAAGACGAUCAGCUAUCUUCUUGAAGCCAUCCAGUCAACACAAUCACAACUAGACGAUAGAAUCACGUGGUUGGCAAGUCAGUUUGGUGCGACUGGUUACCAGAUCUCUACAAUGGUCACGAUUGUAAUGCAUGCUGGGUAUUUUCUUGUUGCUACGUAUGGUAUAGUGUUUGUCCAGGCUCCUGUCGUUACCAGGGUAACAGUGGUUCUUGUUGUCCCRGGUAACGCUUUGUGUCAAAUUAAUCAUGGUUGGUCGAUGACAUUCUCUCAACUGACAGCUGUACUGGUUACUGUUCURGUUGGUAACUGGUUAUAUCUUCACUUCAAGCGACAAAUCCAAAUACAGCCACUUSCCACACCCAAAAACGACGUCUCGCCACUUAAACUACGUCAUAAAUUUACCGCUGACCCCUGCAAGACACCGUGCUCAGUAACACCGUGCAGACUUUCCCCACUCUCUUCUACGUUCAAUUCUACAAUGAUACCCAAGAUUCCUUCACAUGACUCCGCCACUUCUGGAUCAAUCUCUCCGAGCUCUGACGCAAAACGAAAACUAGAAUUAUCAUCAAUAAUUGAUACCACCUCAACAACUUUGAAGACCAACCUACCCUCGACACCAGGACGAGGACCAAGCACGCCGAGUAAACGUUGCAAUGGAAUAACCAGGACAGGCAAAAAAUGCAAAAAACUGACAUCGAAUGAAAACACCUUCUGUUCUAUACACGACAUAUCUCGUGCUUAAAUUACAUCAUACAUUCCAUCGAUAUUAUAUUACUACUGAUAAUAUUUCAUUAUUAUUUACAUGCACCGGUAACUAUAUUUUACACUUUUACAAACAAAUGUUAAAAUUAGUAAUAAAUGAAC